AUGAAUUCCAAAACUCUGGGAUUCGAUGGCAAGGAUGGGCUCCCGUCUGCAGGGCCCUCAGGCUCCGGGUACCUUCCGCCCACACUGGUGAGGCAAUCUUCUGUCUAUUCGUUGACCUUUGACGAAUUUCAAAAUGCGCUUGGGGGACGUGGCAAGGAUUUUGGUUCUAUGAACAUGGAUGAGCUCCUGAAGAGCAUCUGGAAUGCAGAGGAGAAUCAGACAGCAGUGGCCUCAGCAGCAACCACAGUCAUGUUGGGGGAUCGUGGAGUUGCGGGCAUAGGUGCACUGAACCUACAGAGGCAGGGCUCGCUGACGUUGCCUGAAUCACUUAUUCAGAAGACAGUUGACGAGGUCUGGCGGGAUGUGUUUAGGGAUGCGGGCAGCGUGCAAGACCUAUCUGGGCCUACAGUGCAACCAAAACAACGACAACCAACAUUGGGAGAGGUUACCCUUGAGGAGUUCCUGCUGAAGGCUGGUGUGACGUGGGAGGACGUCACAGAGCCCAGAUCAGUAAUUACCUCCUCAAAUACUACAACUGACGGCAAUGCCUUCUAUGGGGAUGCUUCAACGUCAGACUUUGAUGGUAACAGCGGGCUUGGCCUUGGGUUCCCUUCAGCAGCGAACACUAAUUCAUCCCUAGCGCCCAAUCAACUUACCAAUAGUCCUACUGUCACUAGUCUUACCAUGAAUGCUGGUGGGGUGGUGCCUCCUUAUUCUGCUAGAGCGCCAUUGGGAAACACACCUGAACUCCUAAGUUGGCAGGGACUAAGAGCUGGUGGAGGAAUUAUGGGAACGAGUGAUUCAGCGGUUAACAAUGGUUUGAUACUGGGCAUGGCUGAUCUGGGGUCAAAUGGGGGCAGAACAGCGGAUGAAUCUUCAGAUGGACUAGGAAAGGGCAAUGGAAAUUCAUCAUCCUUAUCACCUGUUCCAUCUGCAAUUGACAGAGGACUAAGAAGGAAAUCCAAUGGUAUUGUUGAGAAGGUUGUGGAGCGGAGACAGAGGCGGAUGAUUAAAAACAGAGAAUCAGCUGCAAGAUCACGUGCCCGCAAGCAGGUAAUCUUUCUGACGUUCAUUUCAAAUUAGGUUCCUUUUAAGUCUGAUAUUGGUCUGCUGGAUCAUUUCUUGUGCAAAAAAAAUUAGUGCUAUCUUGAUAGUUUGUCCUAUUGGAAUAACUGUCAAUAGAACAAUGUGUUGAGAUCGGAUAUUAGGUUUGAGGUUGCAUCUGUGUUGGGUUAGAAAUGAGUAAUGAGAUACUUAUUGUUGGCUACUUUAUAGUGACCUUCAUUCUUCACCUUCAGCUUAUGCUUUUCCCCUCAAUUGUGAGGGUACCAAUCUUUGACGGAGGAAUGGUCAGGGGGCUCUCCUGUUUGUAUCUCACACAAUUUGUAAUAUCAACUUUAAUAAUCAGCAGACACAGGAUACAUCUUCUUUGUUACAAAAUUGUUUACCAGAAGUUUUGUACUUCCCUCAUCCAUACUCAGUGAUCAUAGCUGCAAAAUGGUCACUGCCAUAUCUUCCUUAUAUUCUGUGACUCUUUAUAGAGUUUUAUUUCCAUAAUGAUGAAACGGAGUUGCCAGAUCUGAUGAGAUGCCCUUAAUAAUGAGAUGUGGUGGAAGCCAUGCCCAAACCUUAUUCCUUUAGACGGUUAACUAUGUUUAAAAAGGAUACCAUAUUUUUAUGGCUCAUUUAAGGAAGAAAUGGGUUAAAUCUUCAUGUAGCCUCCUUCGUAUAUAUAAUAUAUAUAUACACUGACGAGUUGCCAAUUUUGUGUCAUCUUUUACAAUGUGUAACAUAGAUGCCACAAUUACGUCUGUUUAAUAUCAUAUAUCAUCUUCUUAUCUGUCUAGGCAUACACCCUGGAGUUGGAAGCUGAAAUAGCAAAACUGAAGGAGCAGAAUGAAGAAUUGCUUAAGAAACAGGUACCUUUCUUCUCAUACAACGUUCUUUUAUUUUGGUCUGUAGAUAUGCACUGAAUCUUCAGGUAAGAAAACCACAAUGAAGCUAUGGUUCGUUAGAAUAUGGUACAGACUUUCACCACCACAAUAAUGGAAACAUAAAAAGAUAGUUCCAGAAAAGUAGAUGCACAAAGAUGCAACUUACAUGUUCCUGUGGGUGUACUCUGACACAGAUUUGUAACUUACAGGCAGAGAUUUUGGAGAUGCAGAAAAGUCAGGUAUGAGCUCUUCACCAGUUCUGCUUUUAAUGAAAUUCAUCUGUUCAAGAAAAAAGAAUUUUGGGCCCUUUUUUUGUUUUAAUUCUCUUCAACACCGCUGUCACAAGUCUAUGUAUAUAUAUAUAUAGAUGUACUUCAUUGGAGUAGAUAAGCAAUGCUUCCCACGUUAGCUAAAAGUUUUUGAGUUAUCUUUUUUAGCUAAUGGGAUGAUCAUCAAUUAAACCCUUCUGCUAUGUUAGUAUUGACGUUUUCUUUGUUUUACUUGCAAGAUGGCUGAAAUCACAUCUCUUGUUUUCCAUUAUUUUUCCCAUUUGUGUAGAUGUUUUGUGAUACUGGCUUUCUUCACACCAAGUCAUUAUCAUUGAUUCACUUUCUAGUUUUGUUUUGUUCCGAUGUUCUCUUUGCUGUGUUGUUGACUUUGUCGUUGAAUUCAUAAAAAAAUUCUGGGGCAGCAUUAAAGGUUUUGCAGCUUUUUGAUACCCAUCACAUGCCUCGCAGAUUUAUAUUAGUAAUCUAUGUUUUUCUGGGGUUUUUACCGUGCUCUGGUGCCUAAUAGAGAGUUGUUUUAUCGAACUAAACAAAGAUGAGCUCGUUGGUUCAAUCGAAUUUUCUGUCAAGUCCUUUCGGGGAAAGUGUCUCGAAUGUUCCAGUAGUAAUGGGAAAAUACAUAUCAGAGCUGAAGUCACUGAGUUUUUAGCUCGUUGUUGUCGCCCUGAGAAAAAUGGACUGGUUUCUAGACAACAUCAGUGUAAGUGACAUGAAAUGAGAGAAUUUAGAGAUUUCAUAUGGUACAGAUAAAAUUUCGAUUUAGCCUGUACUUGUAUUCAGUUUAUAUUUUUUAUAUGACAUUUAUAUUUUUGGAUACAAGCAGGGUAAAAUACAGUAAAAAAACUGAAAUAUGAUCAAUUACUUGACAAAGCAUAGUGUUUGUGUAAUAAAAAACAUUUGGCUUUCUGUACCAUCCAUAUAGACAUAUCAGAAUCCUUUUUCCUGUUUUAAUAGACUCGAAACUCCCUAAUAUUUGGAUCCUGUACCAAGUUCCCUUAUGUUGCAUUCUCACUGGGUAGUGAUCAACUGAGGAUGACAAUUUAUGUAUCUCCUAGCAUGGCGAUUACAUGUUGGCUGCACACAAGAAUAAUACACAGUGUUUGAUGUGUUCAGUGUAUGAAACACAAUGUUUUAACACAAAAGUGAAUUUUAUAUGCAACAGAAGUGGAGCCUAAACGAUCCUCACAUGGCAUCACAUAAUUUGCUCACAUGGAUCAAUUUCUGUGCAGUUUAGGUGGGCGUCCCUAAAUAUGGAUGUGGGAGUAUGGUUUCAUAGGAGACGGGCAUUGACUAUUGAUUGUUGUUCUCGCUUUUCCUUUUCCUUGGGCUGGGGUGGCCAGGCAGUAAUGUUGUGGAUGGGACCAUUCACAAGUUUAGGCUUAGCAUGGGAGAGUGGUUGAGUCAAUAAGUUAUGAGAACUGGUGAUGGUCAACGUCCUUCUGGUAGUUUGACAACUGAUCUGAUGACGGAGUAGAGUGGGUUUAUGACCAUGGGGAUUAGGGAGGAGGGGGAGGGGGGGGGGGGAGAUGUUGUGGCUGGGACAUUUUCUAGUUUAAGGCUGAUGAAGAGGAGUGAUGAAGUGAGGCUUGCAAAAUGACGAACAAAGCCUCUUCUAUUAAUCUAGCAAAUACUUGAUGUAGGCCAUCAACAACAACAAAGAAAAGGGUAAAAGUUUUUUGACCUAAGUGGUCCGAAAAAAUGAUGGGCUAGGCGUCCGUGAAGCCAAAAUUAUGGACUACAAAGAUCAGAAGACCAUUAAAAGCCCAAAUCAGAUUUGUACCAAAUAAAACCCGUCAUAGAUAAUUUUCCCGCUUUUAAUUCCUUUUCCCGCUUUUAGUCCUUUUUAAAUUUGUUUAAACAUGAUUUAAUUUUAUUUUAAUGUGCCACCAUGAUUUGAACCGCAUUUUUAAAGGCGGCCUAGCAGAAACUCGGUCUGUUUAAAGGUCCCAUACUAUAUAGCCCUAGAGAAAUCAUUCAUUAUUCCGAAAAUUUCGUCUUUUGGAGAUUUUAUCUUUUUGCUUGUGGAUUCAAGGGUUUCCUUUGAUCUUGUGGUUUCAAGAUCUCCCCUUUUAGAUUCUGUGGAUUUAGGGCAUGGCAACUUCACAGAAAUUUCAUUUCUUGUGGACUCAAAGAGGAGCUUCAUCUCCACUCAACUUCGCUGCAUCAAUACUGAUAGGGGACAAUGCUUGAAGUUCAUCAAUUGAAGAAAUCUAGAAGUACAUCAGGUUGCUAUGAGCACCACUAGGGAAAAGUCAUUCACAUUUUGUAAAUUGAAGCUAAAUGCAAUGAGCUUCAUGAUUUGGUUGACUUGUCAAGAAUCUUUGGGGCAUGUGAUGAUGCCCAGAGGGCCACAGAGCAUGGAAAUUGGAUAUUUCUCACUCUCUUAUAGGACAUAAUUUUAUUCAACCUGCUGUGACGUUGACUUUGUCAUCAUUUAGGAUGUUGGAGUUCUAUUGGUCGUUCCCAUUCCUUGAUUUCAGACUCUAGAAGAAUUAGUAACUGAAGCAUAAAUACAUCAAAGGAUUUUGUUGACCAACAUUCUAUUAAUUUCUGGAGAUAUUACCUAGGUCUUUUGAAAUUUUCUGUGAGCCCACUCCAUUUGUAAUUUAAUCACAACUUCCUUUGAUCAUGGGUCAGCACAGACAUAUAAUAAUCCCAAGGUGAACUCUUUUUAUGCUAGUGAAGGAAAGAACGGCAGUAUCUUUAUUUCCACAUAAUUUCAUCCGUCGGAUACCACAGAAUCAUCUAGAUUCCAACCCUCCACUACCUCCCCCUCUUCGUGUGGAUGAUAUGGAGGCACCUCUCCCUAGACGCGUAGAACAUUCUAUCAACCCUCCUGCGGUUGACUUCUAGGAGGGUCCCCAUCGACUGUGGCUGUUGAGCAUCUCUCCUUUGACUUCCACCAGUGAUCUGAUUGUCAACCACGGCCAACUCCAGGGGUGACCAUGUAGCACCCUCCAAAAAUGUAGGAAUAAAUAUUCUUAGUACAUAAUGACGUUUUUUUUUUGUUUUUUGGGCUGCAUCCUGCUUCGAUCAUUCUGCUGAAUCUUUUUUCCAUAUGGGGAAUGUUUUUGACAACAGAUCUGGGAAAAUUUAUUCCAAUUUUUUUUAUCACUAUGAGCUCCAACGUUAUUAUUUUAAUUAACCUUGGUUUGUACCAAUAUGAUUACAUGUAUCAAUGUCGAUAUCUUUACUAAAACAAGACUGGAGAGUUCUACAAUCAAAAAAAUAUUUUCCGUCCAGAUUCUAACCAAUACAUAUGUAUAUAUUAUUAUUUUUUUCUUUUUUCUGAUUUCCAAUGAAUAAAAUAAUUAAGGGCCGUCCAGCACAUUGAAUGCCGUCAUAUCUUUAUGAAAUUAUUGCAGCAUCUAUUACUUAUUUUAUGCACUUAUUAUGAUCUGAACAGCUCUGAUGUUUCUAUAACUAGGUGCUGGAGAAGGCUAACGAGCAGAGGGAAUCUAAAAAACGGUGCUUGAGAAGGACGAAUACGUGGCCCAGGGUUGACUGA